AUGGAGAUCAAAGACCUGAUUAUUGACGACCGGCAGCGGGGAUUCUUCAAGGUCCACCGCUCGUCCAUGACCUCCACCGAUUUGUUCCAGAGGGAACAGGAAUACAUCUUCAACCAGUGCUGGAUCUACCUAGGCCACGAGUCGGAAGUCGAGAACCCCGGGGACUUCCGGCGCCGCACAGUAGUAGGCCGCCCGCUGUUCUUCGCCCGUGGCAGGGAUGGCCAGGUGCGGGUUUUCCUCAAUUCCUGCACCCACCGCGGGGCUUUAAUCUGCCGCCGCGAUCAGGGGAAUGCCGAAGUCCUGCAGUGCUUCUACCACGCCUGGUCCUUCAACACCAACGGGGAUCUGAUCGGCGUUCCCGGCGAGGAGGCCUACGGCCCUUACUUCGACCGGAGCGAUCUGGGCCUGAAGGAACCUCCUAGGGUCGAAAGCUACCGGGGCUUUGUCUUCGUGAGUUUCAACCCCUAUGUCGAAGACCUGGUAAGUUACUUGGCGGGCGCCAGGGACUACCUUGACCUGAUCGUGGACCAGGCCGAGGAGGGGAUGCGGGUAGUCCCAGGCUCCAACAAGUACACCAUGAAGGCCAACUGGAAGCUCUUGGUGGAAAACAGCCUCGAUGGCUAUCACCUGAUCCCGACGCACCAGACCUAUCUCGAUUACAUCUCCAGUCUCGGGACCGACGACAGCGGGGAAACCAUGGCAUCCCGCCUCCCCGGCGCAGCCAAGGCCUUGGGCAAUGGCCAUUGCGUGAUCGAAUCCGCGGUUCGGAAUGGCCGUCCCAUCGCCCAUUGGCACCCGCUGUACGGCGAGGACGCCAGGGAGCCGAUGGCCCGGGUCCGCGAGCGGCUCGUGGAGAAAUACGGGGAAGAGCGCACCUGGCGGAUGGCCGACACUUCCCGUAACCUCAUCAUAUAUCCGAACUUGGUCAUCAACGACAUAAUGGCCAUCACCAUCCGCUACUUCGAACCCCAGGCCCCCGACCACAUGGAUGUCACUGCCUGGCACCUUGUCCCAAGGGAGGAAUCAGAUUCCAUGCUGGCCACUCGAUUGGACAGCUUCCUGACGUUCCUCGGGCCGGGUGGCUUUGCCACCCCCGACGAUGUGGAGGCCCUGGAGUCAUGCCAGGCGGGCUUCCGCGCCACCGAAACCGAGUGGUCCGACAUCUCCCGGGGUAUGCUCAGGCCCUCUCCGCAAUCAACUGAUGAGCUGCAGAUGCGGGGAUUCUGGCGCCAAUGGCACGCGAAUAUGCAGGGCAUGAGCAAGACCGACGUGCAGGACGGUCAGCCCCUGGAAACGGAAGCCGCUCUGGCAACCGACGACUAA